CACCCUGAACCCGCCCAUUUAAUGUUUAUUGAUCAGGUCUCCGACAGGCCUAUCUGACAGCGGUCAGAUUCAGUCUGGAUAUGGCGUCGCUGCACCGACACAGGAUGAAUUUUCUCCUCUCCAUGGGAAUUUGUGUGUCGCACACCCGGACGGCGUUUCUUGGUUUUUGUCGCUCUUAAAUGGGGAUCAUACAUGGCGAUGGAGGACGUGGAUAAUAACGCAGCGGUCGAGGCGACUAACACCAAAACGGACAUCAAGGAAAGAGGUGAUGUCGGAGUUAACGGGGCUUGCAUAGACAGGCAGCCGGACACGGUGGUCCACCAAGCGGGGCUGAAUCGGACUGCAGAUCGCGGCAGCCGCAAUGGUCCGGGAGCUCACACUGCAACAGGGAUAAGAGUGCUAAAGCAGCGCAACAUAAAGCGGAAUGGGAGUCGUGGCUGUGUGACAAGGAAGACAAGAUUUGGAUCUCGAGAGAGGGAUUGGCUAAAGGGGGACACCCAACGGGGCUGCGUUUGUCUGUAUGGGGGGACAGUGGACCCCCAGCCCCCUGCCUCUGGCCCACAGGCCUCAUCAACCCCUCAGACAGACCUGCAGUUGGUGCUCUGCUCUACCAGUACCACAGUGGAGGAGCUGUGUGCUCAGAGGGACGGACAGGGACUCUAUGUUCAGCUUCAUGGAGACCUAGUCAGGAGGCUGGACGCGGCUGAACGUCCUCUACAGAUUGUGUAUGACUACCUCGCAGCUUUAGGCUACUCGGACCCUACGCGAGUGCAGCAAGAAGCAGCGAAUUCAGACCUCAGCUGUUUGAUCCGAUUCUACAGUGAGCGUCCAGUGAAUGCAGACCAGCAGGAACGGACCCUUCUAAAAGGCGUAUUCAGCGUCAGGAAGGGCAAGUCGCAGCUACAUAAGUGGGCAGAGCGACAGGUCAUCCUCUGCGGCACCUGUCUAAUCGUGGCCUCCGUCAAAGACAGCCUUACUGGAAAGAUGCACAUCCUACCUCUGGUGGGGGGAAAGGUGGAGGAGGUAAAGCGGAGGCAACACUGUCUGAUGUUCAGCUCAGCUGGAUACCAGGCACAGACGUACUUUGUCAACUUUGACACACUGGUGGACUACCAACGCUGGCAUCGGCAGGCAUCAAAAGUGGUGUCUCAAACAAUCUGCCUGGUGGACUUGUCCUGCUACAGCCUGGAAGCAGUACCUGAGUAUCUAUUUUACUGUCAGGAUAUCACUCACCUCAACCUGCGGCACAACUUCAUGAGCCUUCAGGGACCUGGAGGCCUGCUCAACCUCCCCAGGUUUUCUCAGCUGAAGAGCCUGAACUUGUCUCACAACCGUCUGGGUUUGUUUCCUGAAUGUGUGUGCGAGAUCCUCACCCUGACUGAACUCAACCUCGCCUGUAAUAGUCUCGACAUCAUCCCUGUGCAGAUAGGCAACCUUCAGAGCCUGCAGACGCUGUCUUUGGAUGGAAACCACCUCAGCUCCCUGCCUGAAGAGCUGGGUGGCCUGAACCAACUCAAUGGCCUUGGGCUUUCUUUCAACAACUUCUCUCACAUCUCUGCUGUGCUGGAGAGAUUGAGUGCAGUGGACAAGCUGGCCAUGGCUGGGAACAGAGUGGAGUGUCUAGAUUUGUGUACUCUGGCCAAAAUGAGCCACCUGAAAAACAUCGACCUCCGAUUGAAUGGGCUGCGCUGUGUAAAAGCUGAGAAUACAGAGGCAGUGAGCCAGGUGACACAGCUGGACUUGCGGGACAACUGCUUGGACUCUCUAGACCUGAGCUCCAUCUGCAACCUGGAGACUCUGCACUGUCAACGAAACCAGCUGGGGACACUUACACUCAGCGGCUUCACUCUGCGCAUGCUUAAUGCCAGCAGCAACCGCCUCACAACAGUCAACAUCUAUCCAGUCCCCAACCAGCUGACACACAUGGACCUAUCACAGAACCUUUUGGAGUACCUUCCGGAUUGGGUGUGUGACUGUAGAAAAAUUGAGAUGCUGGACGUCACACAAAACCUCCUAUUCGAGCUUCCUUCAAGACUGCUCAACAGCUUGAGUUUAAGAAAGCUGCUGGCAGGGAACAAUCAUUUGGAGAGAGUGCCUGACCUACUUGACCACAUCCCCCUGGAAGUUCUGGACCUCCAGCACAACAAGCUAGCCGAGCUCCCCGAGAGUCUGUUUUACAAGGCCUUAAACUUAAAGUAUUUAAAUGUGUCGGCCAACGUCCUGGCAAUGAUUCCUCCCAGCAGCCAGUCAGAGGAAAGCCUCAGCACCCUCCAGGAGCUCUACCUGACAAGGAACAACCUGAAUGAGAACUGCAGUGCUCUGUUGGUUGGACACCAGAACCUGCGGAUCCUGCACAUUGCCUACAACCAGUUGUUCUCCUUUCCUGCCAGUAAGCUCAGCAAAAUGGAAAUGCUGGAGGAGCUCAAUCUGAGUGGCAAUAAGCUGAAGACCAUCCCCUCCACUGUGUCCAGCUGUAAGAGACUGCACACCCUCAUAGCACACUCCAACCACAUCACUGUCUUCCCAGAGAUCCUCAACCUGCCUGAGAUCAAGCUUGUAGAUCUGAGCUGUAACGAGCUGACUGAGAUCCAGCUCCCUGAAUCACUGCCCGCCACUCUGCAGGAGCUGGACCUGACAGGAAACAGCAGCCUGAUGCUGGAACACAAAACCCUAAAUGUAUUCAGUCACAUCACCACCUUGAAAUUAGACCAGAAAUCCACGACAACACCAGGAGACUCACUGAGUGCCUCCACUCCAUGGAACCAUGGUUACUCUGAAAUGAGUGGCCAAAGAAACAAGUUGUGUGUGUCUGUGUUGGCUGUCGACCGUUUUGGAGACGGAGUGGAAGCAUGUUAUGGGAUCUUUGAUGGAGACCGCAAUGAGGAAGUGCCUCGGUUGCUGCAGUGCACCAUGGGAGAUGUGCUGUGUGAGGAACUGCAGCAUUCCAGUGUUGACAGUGUCUAUAUGUGCAACACUUUCCUCACUUCACACAGGAAACUCGGUAUGGCUGGCCAGAAACUUGGUUCUUCUGCCUUGCUGUGUUAUAUUCACCAUGAGCCUUCAGAUCCAGGAGGCUGCUUCAGCCUCACUGUGGCAAAUGUGGGAACAUGCCAGGCAGUGUUGUGCAGAGAUGGCCGGCCUGUUCCUCUCUCUAAGGUUUACAGUUUGGAGAGCUGCAGAGAAGAGAUGGAAAGAGUUAAACUCAGUAAAGCCAUUAUUACAGAGGAUAACAAAGUGAGUGGAGUGACAUGCUGCUCUCGCCUACUGGGCUGCUCUUAUCUCUCUCCCUGGGUGCUCCCAAAGCCUUGGGUCCACACUGAGCCUCUCUGUUCCCAGGAUGAGUUCUUGAUCCUGGGGAAUCGAGCGCUGUUUGAACGUGUUUCUUUCCAGGAGGCUGUGUGCACUGUGCAGGAUGUGCGGGAUCCUCGUGCUGCUGCCAAGAAACUGUGUUCUCUCGCCCAGAGUUAUGGCUGCAAGGACAACAUUGAGGCUGUGGUGGUGUCCCUGCAUAUAAGUGAAGACAGCUGCACCUGUGAGCCACCUGCCUCCUCAACUGAUCCACGAGUUCCUCCACAUAUCCUUGCCCCUGUGCCUGUUACUGUGACCCCAGGUCCAAGUGACCCAGCCACCCUUUCAUGCAGCAGUGGUGCUGUUUCAGAGUUCAACAGUGAGACAUCAGCCUCAGAGGUUGGCAGCGAGGCAGGAUCCACUGCCUCAGACGAACACCCAUCCUCUGGGCAUGUAGCUCGACCAGAAAGACGCUGUAGCUUGCAUCCUGCUACCACACUAUGUGGGAUCAUGGUGCUAGGCGCUCCAGGGACAGGAACCCAUCCAGGCCUAUUCCAGCGGCAGCCCUCCUCCGCUACUUUCAGUAACCAGUCUGACAACGGCCUGGACAGUGAUGAUGAAGCUCCUCUUGAGGGUGUUAUUUCCAAUGGCAGCAAGUUAGAAGUGGAGGUAGACAUUCACUGCUGUGCUUUCCAACUGCGGUCAGCCUCUGACAGCCCCAAAGACUUUGACCUUGAAAAGCGAGGCUCUGACUAUCCCAAUGGCAAAAUGUGCAGACAGAACAGCGUGGUGGUCUCAGCAACAAAUGGCUGUCUGCUGGCUGUAUGUGGAAGAGAGAUUGCUGACCUCAAGAAGUCUCCUUCCACAUCCAGCCUGUUUGGGAAGAAGCUGUCCAAUGGCUCCGUUGUUGCCCCUGAGGACAGCCAUAAUCUCAUUGAGGUGGCCCUUGAGGCUCCUAAGAAGAAGUCUGGGUACUUCACUGCUCCAGCACAGCAGGACCCUGAGGACCAGCUUAUUUUGCCUCCCGGUCUGGAGCAGGAGGUCAGAGAGCAGCUCAGAAGCCAGACCACUCUAGUCUCAGCCCCCCCUUUACCUUCUUUGCCCCCGGCAUUUAAGGACACAGUGUGGGAUCACCCACAUCCCCCUGCAUUUGCCCACAACAUUGUCCCAGGUCCAGGCCCAGUCCCCAUCCUACAGCAGGAAGUAUAUGAUACUGCCCUCUAGAGGGGGUGCGGGGCACAGCACAGUUGUGUAUUGCUGCAACUCUGAUCAUGCCAUUCUGGAGAAGAUGAGUUUUCUCAUACAUGUUGGAUAAUCCGACUCAAGUUGCCAUUUGUGGAGGCAAGACAAACCUGUGAGACCUUGAAAGUCACCAUGUCAUGUUGCACAACGAAUGUGGGUAACAUAGGGUUUAUGUGCUGAGUGUGAGUAGGCAAAAAUGAGAAACAAAGAUCCUGGUUCACAUAACAGGAUGUUUUGUGAACCAUGAAUUUCUGGCAAUAAUAGAUCAAAUCAAGCCUGAAUUGAAAUGGGAUACAUUUGUGUGUUUAAACAUGUAAGCAACAUUUCCCUACACUUGGAUAGAAAGUAAUCUAGAGGCAGUGGAAUGGUUUUGUUCAGUGAGGUAGGAUCUUCUUUGCGGGGGCUCUGUGGUCUCUUAAGUCCUCGAAGGAAGCCCUGUGACUGAAACCUGAAAAAGUGCCUACUGGAGACAACUCAGCUGAGAGCUCUCCCACAUCAAGGCUGUGUUAGGAGAUGUUAGCUUGCUUGUAAGAUAUGAAGGAGGGGUGAUGUCUUAGACGGACCAGUGCCAACACAGCUUCUGCUUCUCCCUAUUACUGUGGCUUGAAAAGGAAAUUAAAAUGUUUAAUUGCUUGAUAGGCACAAAGUUAAGAGAAGAUGAAGACAGAAUUGUGGCAUUUAUAUAUCCAGAAUUGGUAUGGUUGGAUUUUUUUUUUUACAUUCCCAAACAAUAUAAAGAUAAACUUCUAUAUGAAAUACAUAAAUUCUAGAAAAUGUGGUACACACUUACAAUUAGCAGCCAGCUGAAGUAGGGUGCUUAAACUGCUGACAUCAGGAUUGAGAAGUGUUGCUAUUUAGAGAAAUUAAUUUUCAAUAGAUGUAAAAAACAAACAAAAAACUAUUCGUUUUUCAACUAUACAGAGCAGAGGUAUUGCAGAAUUCAAAAAUCCUUCAACUUUUAUUUGAAUUUAUAGUGUUUGAGAAUACUGUUCGAUCAUGCACUGCACAGAUUAUCCUGUUGUUUCUCAAAUUUAGUCUGUUUUAUUGUCACUGGACAGUAGACUGGUGAUUUGGAAAUCAUUAAUCAGUUAAUUGAUCACAAAGCAUCACAAAGAUUCGGGGCACAGCCUACAGUUCUAAGUGCACACAAAAAUUUGUGACAUAGAAACACAUUAUGUCUUGCCAUAAUUUAUUAUUAUUAUUAAUCUACAGAUUAUUAAGUGAAGUGAGGCAGCAGUAAAAGGUGCUGAAUUAAUAACUCUGGUUCAGCGGGUUGCAUUUCCUUCCACUAAGUCAUACAGUCCUUAAGAUAUUGGUAUCAUCGGCUUACAAUCUGUUUUGUGUUUAGAUGUUUCUUGUGGCAAUUUUUCUAACACUCUGUUAUUAUUUGUAGUGUCAGUGCAUAUCAUACAGCCCCUGAAACUGGUUCUGUUGUGGUUUUUAAAAGGCCAAAGUUGAUCAUCAUUUGAUGUAUAUUUCCUGUGCAUUUCUGAUAUUUGUUAUCUGGUAUUCUGCCACAUAGCUGGACCUUUCAGUUUUCCCCUUUAGCCUUAAAGUAACCAAACUUGGUAUAUUUGAAAGGAGAAGCCCUUUUUGUAUCCCAUUUGUGAUUUGCUUUUUGUGACUGAGGAAUUGGGUGGUGUAUUUUCUUUCAAAUGGCCCCUCUAUGCUUUCUUUGCUCCACACAAAUGAGGGACAACCUCAGUGACAAAGCCUUAACAUAUGAGUCUGAACUUUUUGUUGCCUUUUGCAAGUUUUUGUCUUUUGAAAAAAAAAAAAAAAACACUGUUAAAAGCACUUUUUACAGAGAGAGAUAGUAAUAUUCAGAGUGAUGUAAAUUUGAUUUAAUAUAAAAGAGAUUUAUCAACGUACUUUCCCUGAGUGUCCUCAACCCAACAUAUCACCUCUUGUCUUAGAAUACUUUGCCAACAGAGAUGAUAAGGAUUUUAUUUUUGCUGCCAGUUACAUCUGAAUUUUAUAAAAGACCUUAACCGAUAUGAAUAUAUUUAUCAUCAAUACCUCAAACAGCAUAACACACAUCCAUAUGUAUUCUUACACAAUACACUAGAGUAACUCUUUCUUAACUUUUUGUUAUCCAUAAUGUAUAUGAACUAAUAUUGACCCCUAACCAUCUGGCAUACCUAAGGCUUUUUUAAAUACUCCCUGUAAUAAUGAUGUGUAAUUAAAACAAUAGUAUAAGAUAGGCAUUGCUUUGAUCCACAUUGAAGCAUUGGUAUUCUGCUUGUUCAGAAUUAGACACUAUUUUCAACUAAAACUUGCAGUUUUUUUUUUUCUGAGUUAGAAAUGGGAAAUUGUAUUUUAUGAGUCUGUUUGUUUUGAAUUUGUUUCCAGUCACUUUAUUUAUCAGACUGUGCAGUGUCUAAAAUGCCAAACACCUGGACUCUCUGUGGGUCAGACUGUGGCCAAACCUCCGGUAUCAGAGCCUGCACAUGGUGUCAGGCCUCUUGUCUGAUGGUGACCAACAUGGAUUGGUGCUGCAGGCUCACCUGCUGCAGGAAGAGAAAGAAAAACUGUAAGACAGAUUAUGAUUGUGAAUUAUGUCGGCUAGCACUCGAAAAAGUUGGAACUGUUGAGAGGGGAAAUGGAACUUUCCUUUAGGUUUUACAAAAUUGUGGUGUUCACAACUUUUGUUGAGAAUUCACUCGUACAAAUAUGCAAAGUGUCAACUGUAAAUAUAAAUCUAUAUAUGUCUAUCAAAGCUUCAUUUCACCUUAAGCUACAAACCCCUAUUUCUAUAUAUGUCUGAAAAUGACUAGUGACUGACGUGUGUAUGAUGUGAAAUCAGUGUUCCCCUCCUUCAGCUCAUCUGCAGUUUUAUUUAUUUGGCUCACCGGGUCAAAUCACGUUGGGACUACAUUGCACUGUUUCAUUUAGUGCUCUUCAAAACUGCCUUGGUCCUUUUUUGUCUAUGACUGUACACUAUUCUAUGCAUCUCCUGGUUGACACCAUAAUCCCCCCUGCGUUCUCAUCUUGUAUACAUUUGAAGUAUGUUGAAACAACGCUCCAUCAGCGUACUUAUCGCUGUACAUGUACAUAAUGCCAUCUGUGUGUGUAGAUACAAGAGGAGGGAGGAGCUGAUGUGGUGGAUUGGCUUAAAAUAUUCCCUUUAAUUCUCACAUAUCUUUCUAUAAUGCUUGUUGUACCCUUUGUGCAACUUUAAGGGAUCAUUUCAUCUCUGCACACAUCUUUAAAGUCUCCCUGUACAACUGCAUUGCAAACUGUUUGUGUUUCUGUGUAAAUUAAGUGCACAUGUACAGUAAGUGUAUGCAUGCCUGUGUGAAUAAUGGAUUGACUGUAUUUUUGCGUGAUGAAUGAAACUGACCCAAGAUGUUCCAUUUGUUUAACAUGUGACCAAAGUAGCCAUUGUUUAAUCCCACAGUUCCUUUCUCUACAUUAUUUUUUAGAAAUGCUUGAAUAUUUUUUCUUAAUGCCAAGAAGCUGAUGUUUAUUUUUGUACUUAAUUGUUUCAUGCAAAUGUAUAUUCCCCUUCUACUCUAACAGAAUUAUAAGUGGUUUGGAUUCUACAGAAAGGGAUCACUCAUUAUGGUACUUUAAUCUAAGGUCUUGCUCCUAACAUUACUGUAUCAAUGUUGAAAGCAUGCUCCCAGGAUUGCAUUGAAUAGGAGCAUCGAGUACAAACAAAAGGUGAUUUAUUUGUAUGAAAUUGAGCUUGUCUAAGAUUUGGGGGUUUUGAUUCGAUUGUGCAGAUUACUGCUAAAAUUGUGUUCGAUGUUUCAUGAUUAUAAAAACAUUAUUUAGGGGAAAAAAACUAUCGAUGAGCACUUUUGCUGUGUGUCAGACAGAAAUUAACUCCUGUAAUCUUUGAGUGUAGAAGAUGGUUGUUGUUUGAUUUAAAAUGCUGCUAUCAUUUCUUUUACGCAGUUGAGCUGUUUAAUUAACUUAAAGCCAAGUAGCAAUAAAACUUUUUACUGUGAAUUUA